AUGGCAGAUUGUUUGAUUAGGGCAUUUUUGGACAAUGGCGGACCCUGUUUUAAAAACAGUAUUCAUUGGAGGUUCUAGAUCUAAAGAUAGGGAAACAGAGAUGGAUUUACAGUAUAAGAGAUUGAUGUCUUGUUGCUUGGAUAAUGAAAUAAAAAAUUUAUAAAAAUGAAAAUGUUAGAGAAGGGGAUCAAAUCAACAUCAAUAGUAAUUGGGCAAGAUACUCAAUAGGCGCCACUCAUUAUUCGAAAAUACGGAUUACCAAAACAGGGGAACAGAAAAGAUUUUAAAAGUUUUUCGAUUUGAUAUUUUUUGGAACAAUAAGUUUUAUCUUAAUUGUAUAAUUAGUGUUUAAAAGGUAGGGUUUAUAAAAAAAUUCAAAAUGUAUAUUCAAGCAAAGUUGAUAAUAUACAAAUGGAAUAAGUUCCCAAAGAAGUACCCAUUUGUGAUUGGAGUUGGAGAUACUAUGGAAGUCCUUCGCUUUCUUAACGAUGGUCUGGAUUUUCUUCAUAAUGUCUUAAUUACAUAAAUCCUUAUUAGAUAAUCUUGA